AUGGCCAUCGAGUUAGCCCCAGCGUCCCGACCAACGGUUGAAGAACGUGAGUUCGUCAAAAAGCAGACGGGCAUCGACGACGACGAGCGCCUUCGCGAGCACGUGUUGAACGUCCAGUCGGAGGCGUUCGCCGUCCAUCCGUACCCGUGCAUCCGCCGGUUCGCCUUUCUCAGGAUGAAGUUCAAUUCGAAGGUGGCUGGGUACAACCAGCUGCUGAAGCUGGGGAGAGCGCGCCCGGACGCGAUCCUCCUCGACAUCGGCUGCUGCUUCGGCAACGACGUCCGCAAGGCCGUGGCGGACGGCUUCCGCGUCGAGAACGUCGUCGCGACCGACAUCCACCCCGAGUUCUGGGACUUCGGCCACAAGCUCUUCAGCACCACCCCCAAAACCUUCCCCGCGCGCUUCAUCGCCGGCGACGCCUUCGACCCCGCGCACCUCGAGUGCGUGCCCCCGUUCACGACGGACUCCGCCCGCACACCGCGGCCCGACCUCCCGACGCUCACCUCCCUCAACCCGCUCCGGGGCCACGUCGCCGCGAUCCACAUCUCCGCCGUCUUCCACCUGUUCGGGGAGGAGGAGCAGCCGGGCUCGAUGAUCUUCGGCCUCCAGAGCGGCCGCGCGGAGAAGGGCUUCCGCGUCGAGGCGGGGGUCGCGAACAGCCACGGGCGGCAGAUGUUCUGCCACUGCCGGAGAGCUGGCGGGAGCUCUGGGAGGGCGUGUUCCCCCGGGCGCGGUCCGGGUCGACGCGCGCGUGUGGGAGCUGGAGAGGAACGACUUGCAACCGUCUCGGACGGGGCGAAGUUUUGGGUGUUGGAGUGGUGCGUGACGCGGGUGUGA